UUCGGAUUUAUUGCUCCCAGCAGCACAGCAGCUGAAUAAACGUCUCCUUUAUACGGAGAGCCCAACAGCAGACGGUAGUCACUGCUCAAGACUUUCCUCUUCUUGAGCUCUUUCCCAAACCCCAAAUUGUUUUUCAAUUCAGUUCUUAACCCAGAAAGAAACCUUAAGUUCCUCCUAGAAAUGGCCAACUCACUGUGUUUCACUCCUCUCUCUCCCAUCAUGCCACCCAAAAAAACAGGGUUUAUUAUUGCCAAUUCUACUGCUAGGAAUGUUCUUUGGGUCAGUGAUACGACUCAGAACUGUAAAAGGGCUAGACUUCUGUCAUUUGAGGCUAAGGCUACUGAUAGAAACCAAGGCACCAAACCAAAUAGCAUAGUUUGUGCCAAAUGUGAUGGAAAUGGUGCUAUUCAGUGUUCACAAUGUAAAGGUAGUGGAGUUAACUCUGUAGAUCACUUCAAUGGACAGUUCAAAGCUGGUGGACUGUGUUGGCUGUGCAGAGGAAAAAGGGAUAUUUUGUGCGGGGACUGCAAUGGAGCUGGCUUUAUUGGUGGAUUCUUGAGCACAUUUGAUGAUUAGAAGUUCAUAGGAUUUGGAUCUUCAGGCUGUUGUACUGCACUCAAGACAAUUUCUCUCUCUCUCUCUCUCUCGAUUUUUAAGCUUUAAUGGCAAUCCCAUCCCUUUUGUGUAGCGUCCCAUGGAAACUAGGUAGUUUUCGUGAGUUGCAGAGAUUCAAAUUAAGAAAAAGGAAGAGAAAAAGAAUGUCCAAUCCAUAUCUUGUAUCACAAUAUUGUAUUAAUGGUUGCACUUCCACUAUCUAUUACUUUGUUCAUUUUAGCUC